UAUAUAUAACAUUUCGCGAACGCAGCACCGACAUUAACGGUAGGAGCACCGGUUAUCCAUCAAACAUUCGAUUAGCUCUACAUCGUCAUAUUGUUAGCACUUAGCAUAGACAAUAUCGAUUAGUUUUUCUGGAAGCAAACUUUCUCCCCCUUCGCCGCAUUUAUAUACAACACACUGGCGCUGCAUCAUACACACAAGCAGCUGCGUUACUGCGUAGAUCGCUAUAAUGUUGUCUGUGCUCUUCCUCUGCAAUAGUUUCAUCCCGAGUCACACCACCGAACCCUGCUAUCAACCUCGACAGCACGAACAUAUUUAUCCUGCACGCUGUGCAGUCCUAAAUGUAUAUGUAUGCAGCGGCGGAGCCAUUGCCUUCCGCUUGGAGAAUGUUAUCGAAUAAGUAUACAACAGCGACGUAUUACGAAAAACUGUGACUUGUACAUGGCACAAGCAGCACCAGCAGCAGCUACGGACAGUUGUAUUUGUUCCUCCUCAACGUUAACAAAUUUAAGCGCCUCUGGCGAACCAUGCCAGCUUAUGCGUUGAGAGCGUUUAGGCACAAUUUAUUCCCAACCGAUGCUAGCUUGUUAACAUUAUCAUUCAUUCUUAUUUAUGCCACGGAUAAGGAUAUAAUGCGCUAUACUUAAAUGUUGUCCUUGGUGAUACGCUAAUUUCAUCCCUCUCUUAUGCUCAUGGGAAAACGAUUUUUAUAAAGCUGCAUGACCAAAGCCCCGAUCGAUUUCCAGCGAGACGAAAUGUGUUGUUAAGCGGUUCCGUUGUACUCCGUGUAAACCGGCAAACUCUCACGCAGUUAUGAAGCAUGGGAAUGUGAGAGCCGAAACACCACGCCAGUUUUCUGGAUCGUAGUCUUGACAAGCAGUUCUUCCUUGCAACUUUCCAAAACGUGCUUCCAAAAAUGGCGAAACAGUAUGAAUUUAACUGGCAGAUGGAGGUACCAAAACAGCUGCUGGAAGGAUGCUCGUUUGAUAGAUGGGAAGAGGAAACCGGCGAAAUUGAAUUUGACUGCAAGUUCAAAGUCGACGAGCAAGGAUUUUUCCUCUACUACAGAUCUCCUAACUCCAAAACCGAGACUGUUGUUCUGGAAAUGGCAUAUGUUUCCGACAUUCGCAAUGGCAUUGUUCCAAAGAAUUUUGCUGUUCACGCGGAGCUGACGGAGCGUGGGAAAGGUCUUUUAGACGAUCGAUCCAUGACAUUAUGUAGUGGAACCGACCUUGUCAACGUCCAGUAUCGCCACAUCGUUGCGCCGGACCCCGAUACAUGCAAGCUCUGGUCGGAAACGCUUCGGAAACUCUCCCAUAAUAUCAAAGCUAACCACAUUUGCCCCAUGACAAUGCUGCAGAAACAUUGGAAGCGCCUUGUAAUAGGAACGAACGAGAGGGGGAAGAUUCCAGUACGCAGUAUAACGCGAACCUUUGCGUCCGGAAAAGCAGAGAAAGCAGUCCUUCAGUGUUUAAACGACCUAAAACUUUCAAACGCAAAGAAUGAUGAAAUCGAGCCGAAGGAUUUCACAUUCGAAAAAUUUUACAUGUUGUAUCACAAAAUUUGUCCACGCAACGACAUUAGCGAGCUUUUUAAGCAAAUGUCAAAAGGUAGCAGCUAUUUGGAAGUUGGAGCACUUCUCAAAUUCUUCAAUGAGGAGCAACGGGAUCCGCGCUUAAACGAGAUUCUCUUUCCGCAUUAUACGGAUAAGCGUGUUAUAGCGCUCAUCAAUCAGUACGAAACGGACCCCGACUUCCAGAAACUCAAUCGAUUGAGUUUGGAUGGUUUCUGCCAUUACCUAAUGUCAGAUGAGAAUGCGCCUGUCUUCCUUGAUCGGCUGGACGUAUAUCAGGAUAUGGAGCAGCCCUUGUGUCACUACUUCAUUAACUCAUCACAUAACACAUAUUUAUCCGGACGUCAGUUCGGUGGCAAGUCGUCCGUGGAAAUGUACCGGCAGACAUUACUGGCCGGAUGCCGGUGUAUAGAAUUGGAUUGUUGGGAUGGUAAAGGAGAAGAUCAAGAGCCAAUAAUCACACAUGGAAAGGCUAUGUGUACCGACAUCCUGUUUAAGGAUGCCAUUAUUGCCAUCCGGGAUACAGCAUUUGUCGUAUCUGAUUUCCCGGUAAUUCUAUCCUUCGAAAAUCACUGCAGUAAGCCACAGCAAUACAAAAUGGCCAAGUAUUGUGAAGAAAUCUUCGGCGAUUUUUUAUUGAAAUCCCCGCUGGACGGUUUUUCUCUUCAGCCAGGAGCUCCCCUUCCGCCUCCGCGUGCCCUUCUAAGGAAAAUUCUCAUUAAAAACAAACGUCUAAAGCCGGAAGUGGAAAAACGUGGCCUUGAACUGAUGCGACAAGGUCAGGAAGCUGCCGUUCUGCGCGAAGACGUUGGCGAAGAUCCCUCGACAAUGGUGGACGGAGAGGAAAUGGCGCCCGUACCAGCCGACGAAGGCCUACCGCCCGACACCGGCACUCCCCCCACGAAUCUCCUGGAACGGCGCACUUCUCUUGAUCGCGUCAGUAUCUCCUCGCGUGGCUCUAAAGGUUCUACCGGCGCCAAAGACGAACUGAGCGCCGUACGGCGGAAUCUGACCAAAAAGCCGUCAACAUCGUCUCUCAACAGCAGCACCAACUCCAAACCCACCAUUCCAACCGUGCCGGGCAUUGUGCCGCCGCCCGAUCAAUGCAAUCCACCGCCCGGACCACAGGGCGAUGAUCCGCAUCCGGAACAGCCAAUCACCAACGGUCCAGUGGCAGCCGCAGUUAACGGACACGUGCUGACCAAUUCACCGACACUGUCCAUGAAGGAAACCCACGCGGCGCGGCCGAUAUCGCCACUGGUCGCUUCUACAGUCGGGGCGGGACUGGGUGGUGCCAAGGUGACGAAUAAACUCAGUGACGAUAGCCCGAGCGUCACCCCGGCCGCCAGCGUUGGUUCGCCAUUCAAAACCAGCACCGGCGCCGUGCUGGAUCUGGAUGAGCUUUUGGAAUCCGAUAAGCCUGGAACAAGCAAAAGUUCCGGGAAAAAGGGCACUUUAAGUCAGGAUGAUGAGGCAGCAUUGCUAGCUAAUUACGAAUACACUGGAGCCACCACAAAUAUUCAUCCGUGGCUGUCGUCACUGAUUAAUUACGCCCAGCCCGUAAAAUUUCAAGGAUUCGACGUGGCUGCAGAGCGGAAUCUUUCUUACUGCAUGUCAUCCUUCAACGAAUCGGCUGGACUCAACUUGCUGCGGACAAGUGCGAUAGAGUUUGUCAACUACAAUAAAAGACAGCUGAGUCGCAUAUAUCCCAAAGGGGGCCGUGUAGACUCUUCAAACUUUUUGCCGCAAAUCUUUUGGAACGCCGGAUGUCAAAUGGUUGCACUGAACUUCCAGACACCAGAUGUAGGAAUGCAACUGAAUUCAGGAAAAUUCGAAUACAACGCCAAUUGCGGGUACCUGCUAAAACCCGAUUUCAUGCGUCGCUCCGAUCGAACGUUCGAUCCGUUUGCGGAAGCAGCUGUGGACGGUGUGAUUGCCGCUUACUGUUCUGUUCGGGUCAUAUCCGGCCAGUUCCUGUCGGAUCGUAAAGUGGGGACCUAUGUUGAAGUGGAUAUGUAUGGAUUGCCAACGGAUACAAUCAGGAAAGAAUACCGUACCCAAACCAUUCCCAACAAUGGUCUCAAUCCGGUGUACAACGAGGAUAAAUUCGAAUUUCGAAAGAUCAUUCUUCCGGAGUUGGCUAUGCUUCGCUUUUGUGUGUAUGACGAAUAUGGAAAAGUGCUGGGCCAGCGGGUUCUCCCACUGGAUGGGCUACAAGCGGGAUACCGCCAUAUAUCACUACGCACGGAAGCCAACUUUCCGUUGUCUUUGCCGACCCUUUUCUGCCACAUAGUUCUAAAAACAUACGUUCCGGAUGGUCUUGGUGCUUUGGUUGACGCCCUAUUUGCACCGCAAGCUAAAGUAGAGAAACGCACGCGACAGCUGGAUCAGUUGGGCGCUGAUACUGAAAAACCGGAUGGUGAUGCAGCAUCCAAGCAUCGUCCAACGUUUGAACCCAAAGAUUCGAAAAAGGUUGCCGGACCGGCUGUUAUUGCAGCCGCUGAUCAGACCGCUGCGCUUCCGGGAACCAAAAUGGACAAGCCACGAGAAGAACCGCCGUUCGACAUAAUCACCAUCGAGGACUUAAAAAAAGACAAGCUCUUUAUCAAACUGCAGAAAAAGCAAGCGGAAGAGACCGAAAAUCUAAAGAAGAAACACACGAAGGACCGGCAAUCCAUGCAACGAUUACAUAGUACUGUUAGUGAUCGUGUGGCCAUCCAGCCUGACAAAAUCGACAAAAAGGUCAAAAAGACUAGCUCCACGGAUGGUAGUUUAAGAAGCCUGGAUGAUCAACAAAUAGAGAAAGUGCGUCAGCUGGUCACCGAGCAAACAAAAGAGUGGUCACAGCUGAUUAGCCAGCAUUUAAAGGAAGAACAUGAACUGUUGAAAAAGCACUGCACAGAACAGUGUGAUCUACUAAAAAGGCUUCUCGAAGUAGCUCAAGUGCAACAGACAAAAAAUUGUGAAGCCAAGCACACAAGGGAAAAUCAGGAUCUGAAAUCAAACCAAGCCAAACAGUCCAUGGAAGCCAGCCGGGCAGUGCAGAAUGAUAAGAAAAUCAAAAAUAAAGCUGAAAAGGAUCGUCGAAUAAGGGAGUUGAAUAGUAAUAAUACCAAACGGUUUAUCGAAGAACGCAAACGCCUUAUUAAUAAGCAACAAAGAGAACUAGAGAAUUUGAAAAAACUCCAAGGGGAGCAGGCUGAAACACUUGUGAAAGAUAACGACAAGGCGCUACAAAUCCAAGAUCUGGCUUACGAAGAGGCUCGUCUGGCAUUGAAAGAAGAAACACUUGUAUAAAAAAUCCGGAUAAAAAGAAUGUAUUUAUUGUGCGCUGUGUAUUUUCGAUCCGUGACCGGAAACGAUCUGUGUGCCGAUAAAGUCAAGUUAAAUGUGAUGAAUGAUAAAUUAUAAAUUUUUAAGUUUUAUUUAGUUUAUAUGAAUUUUUUAUUCUUGUUGAAAUCACUUACGUAUUCCAUGUGCGGUAUGCUUCCAGUAGCAUUUUAGAUGGCUUGACGUGGGCGCGAUGUUCGACACGUCUGAUAUUAGGACUUUGACCUUUUGUGAAACUGAUGCCUUUCUGUAACCCAUUCCACUUUCGGUGUAAGUUUACUGCAACUGAUGUGUUGGUUAUUAAAAAUUCGGCAGUUCCAAGUACAUGCCUUAUUU